GGGAUCCCUUCUGAACACGACACAGUAGAUGACAGAAACGGAGUUAUUUUUCCAACCAAUAAAACACGAGAUUAAACAAGAGUUGUUGACGUUUUGAGCUCUUAGAUGUUCAUCAUGAGAGAGCAGGUGGAUGUGAUCUGCUGUAAAUCAGUAGGAACUGAUCUGUCCAUGCUGGAUAUUGAUGAUUUCAUCACAAAAAUCUCUCAGCUGAAGAAAGAGGUGACGUCACUGAAGACAAAACUGAUGGAGAGAGAUGACAAGUUACAGGAGCUGGAAAAGGUUUCCUGUCAAUCUUCAGUGUGUGUGACUGAUGGGACCUCCACAGAAUGUCAGGAUUCAGUGUGGAGCUGCAGAGAUCAGUCCACACCACAGCAGCUGCUGGACAAACUCUCUGAACAGAGAUCCAGCGACACACAGGACUCACAGCUCACUUUACUCUGUUCUACUGAUGCUCAAGAGAGUGUGUGUGACAGUAAUCAGGGUGAUCAAACCUCCACAGAGUCUCUGACUUCUGUCUGUAACGCUGGAGAACAGCAGAUGCUGCAGACACCAGUGAAGAUUGAAGUGAAGCAGGAGGAGAUAAAAGAAGAAAUCACAGCAGAGGAACAACAGAGUGAUGAAGAAGAUGAUGAUGAACUUCAGAUGCUACAGACACCAGUGAAGAUUGAAGUGAUGCAAGAGGAGAUGAGAGGAGAAACUGCAGCAGAGGAAGAACAGAGUGAUGAAGAUGAUAAUGAUUUUAUUCCUUCUGACUUGAUGGACGAAAAUGAGCAGCGUCAAAAGCUGAAUAAGAAGAACUUCUCACUAAAAAAGCCCCAAAGAAGAGCAGCCAAGAAUGAUUUCCCCUGCUCUCAGUGUGGAAAGAAUUUUGCAUUUAAAAGCAAGCUUAAUUUACACAUGGGAGUUCACACUGGAGAGAAGCCUUACAAGUGCCAUAAGUGUGGAAAAUGUUUUGGAGAUAAAGGAAACCUUAAAAAGCACACAAAAGUUCACACUGGAGAGAGACCUUACACAUGCCAUCAGUGUGGAAAAGCUUUUAAAUGUAAACAAAAUCUUAAUUCCCACACAAGAAUUCACACAGGAGAGAGGCCUUACAAGUGCCAUCAGUGUGGAAAAUGUUUUGGAGGUAAAAGAAAUCUUAAAAAGCACACAGCAAUUCACACAGGAGAGAGGCCUUACAUGUGCCAUCAGUGUGGAAAAUGUUUUGGAGAUAAAAGAAACCUUAAAAAGCACACAGCAAUUCACACUGGAGAGAGGCCUUACACAUGUCAUCAGUGUGGAAAAGCUUUUAAACAAAAAGAACAUCUUAAUUCCCACACCAGAAUUCACACAGGAGAGAAGCCUUACACGUGCCAUCAGUGUGGAAAAGGAUUCACAGAUGCACACUAUUUCAAGAAGCAUCUCCGCUCUCACUCUGGAGAAAGGCCAUUUGAAUAUAAGUGUGAUAAAACUAUUGUUGUGACUUCAGCCCAGAAAACACUUUUGAAAAUGCACACACGUGAAAAGCUUUACAAGUGUUCUUUUUGUGGAAAGAGUUUUGCAUGCCUGUCCUAUUUGAAAGAGCACCAAAAAAGACAUACCUGUUCUGAGGUUCAUAUGUGCUUUGAAUGUGGGAAGACCUUUGUUAGAGCCAGUGACUUGACAGUGCACCAAAGAAUCCAUACUGGAGAAAAACCUUACAAGUGUUCACACUGUGGAAAGUGUUUCCAUCGGUCACAAAACCUGAAAACACAUGAGAGGAUUCAUACUGGAGAGAAACCUUUCAAGUGCUCACACUGUGGAAAGAGUUUCAGUUGGUCAAAAUGCCUGAAAAAUCACGAGACAAUCCAUACUGGAGAGAAACUUUACAAGUGCUCACACUGUGAGAAGAGUUUCAAUUGGUCAGAAUGCCUGAAAAGACACGAGAGAAUUCAUACUGGAGAGAAACCUUACAAGUGCUCACACUGUGAAAAAAGUUUCACUUGGUUAGAAUGCCUGAAAAAACAUGAGAGAAUCCAUACUGGAGAGAAACCUGCUCUCCAUGAUGAAAAAGAUUCAGCACAACAAGCAAUCUACUGACUCUUGUGAAAAUAUUCUGCCCAAAAUCAUCACAGAGAGGAGUCCUCCUUUAGGUACAAUGCUUCAAGUCAUUGGUGUGCUCAGAGGUGGGGUAGCAGGGUCUUGAGCCCCCCUUUUCAAAUCUGAAGGUGCCAUUCUGGUCAUGCAUUUAAGUAUUUAAAAAAUAAAAUAAUAAAAUAAAAUAAAACUAAAUGUAAAAUCCCUUAGUAAUCUCACAAUACCAGUAUUGAAUGUAUCAAUGUGAUGAGGUUUCCCUGUACAUUGCGGAAGCAUUGAAGAACAUUAGACUGAGGUGCCUUUAACAUUGUGCGCUACAGUGCAUCCGAUCAUCAGUGGUGUGGCUCUGAGUAUCAGGCUUGAUAGAAUAUAUACUAUAUAUUGUCCUGCAAGUUCAUCAAAAAAUAAUACUCCAUUGAUAGUGCACUGACAUUGCUCAUUUGCUGUAUAGACAACUUAAGUAAUUAUAAUAUACCUUUCUGUCUUGAUAGAAAUAAAAUACGUUUUUAACUUCCUGUUUAAACGAAAAAGCUUAUUAGUUAAAUGGAAGAAGCUUAUAACCAGUAAAUAACUCUUACAACAAGGAUUCGAGGUGGACUGAUAUAUCCAGUACAAUAAUAGUCAAACCCGAUAAUUGUUUUUGGACUGUUGUUAUCGACAAAUAUCAAAAACAAUAUUUUACUCUAGGCAGCAUUGGGGGGUUAGCAUAGCACGUCCGCCCCCUCUGGAGGUUAAAUAUAAACAAUUGCUGACACCUCGUGGGGAGUGCUGUAUCUACAGUAUAUCUGUACUAGUUAACUAUCUCCAUCCAUGCUUUUAAUCUUCAUCAUAUUUUAUCAUUUUGAUUAAUCAAGUGUUCUAAAUUAAGACGAGGGCAUAAAAAGACAAAUGUGAAAACAUGGAAACGUCCCCCAUCAGCACAUACAUGAUCUGGUCUUUAACUUCAUUUGUUGAAUAAUAAUGAUUAAUACGUAGGCUAUAAAAACGUAAUUAACACUAAAUGUUCAUUAUUGUUUAUGGGCUAGUGCAUGAUUAUUAGUACAGGAUGUUUAUAAAAAAUAAGUAAGAAAAAUAGACAUGGAAUGUUUUUGUAACCUUAAUUGAUCGAGUUUGUUGAUUUUGACUGAUGUUCCUAGAGAAAAAUGUCUGUUUUAAAGUUCCUGUGAAGUGCCUUGACAAGUGCAGUUUUCUUUGGUCUGUAUAAUAAUGGCAGGUUGAUAAGGAACCUUUUUAUUAUUAAACAUUAAAAAGCACAGUGGAUUGUGGGCAGGAAGGAGUCUGGUUUCAGACUCUCGUAUGAUUCUUUCGAACCCUGGUGCUUUUAUGUCAUCAACUUGCAUCAUCACAAACCUGAACAUGAUGUAGAAUACAACGUAGGAUGCUACACGUGUGUGUGUGUGUGUGUGUGUGUUAUUAAUUGUUGUCAUUAUGCACACCGGUGGCAGUGUUUCCCACAGGAUUUUGCGAGACUAUGGAGGGUGGACCUCCAACCCAAUCCAAUGUGACUCUACCCACCCUAGCAACCGGGCCAUUUUGGUUGAUUAGGAGACCUGGUUGGAUUCACCCAGCACGCCCUGGGAUUCGAACUCAUGAACUCUAGGUUUGGUAGUCAGCAUCUUUACUCGCUGAGCUACCCAGGCCCCUAGUUCCCUGUAAAGAAUAUCAUAUACUGUCUGCAAAUAUGUGCAUAUCUCGUUUAAACAGAUGUAAUAAACAAAACUUCAGCAGAGCCAGCAUUCUGUAGAGCACUAAUUUAUCUUCCUCUAAAGCUUGUUUUGUCUCUCCUUAAAAGUUUCCUGUAACUUUUCUAAUGCUAAAAGGCAAAUAUCAAUAAAACUUCUAU